AGAAAAAGGGAAGGUGAUGGGGAGCGGGCGUCCGCACUCGCCGCGCCGCACGAGUUGCACGGCUCCGGCGGGCCGGACCUGGACUCUAUAAAAGGAGCCCAACUGCUCCGCGGCUCACACGCUCCUCCCGGGCUGGCGCACGCCGCUUGCCUCCAGCUCCCCCAGACACCUGCCCCCGGCCGACGUGCCGCGCCAGGUCCCCCAGACCCGUGCGCCCGGCGGCAUGGCUCCGAGCGGUGCCCGUGGGACCGAGGUGGCGGCGGUGGCGACGCGGUGCGAGCAGCCGCGGCCCCAGCCCCCGAGUCCCCCCUCGUGCGGCUCGGUCUCCGCGGGGCAGCUCGCCGGAGUGGCCAGCGCGUGAAGAGAAGGGAGGGCAGAGCUCGGGCGCGAGGCGCGGCGCGGCUCCCAGACUUCACCCCACCCAGCUCUGGCGACCGCAGCUGCCGCAGGAAACUGCCCCCGGCUGGGGAGGGGGGCGGGAAUGCAAGACCAGGACUCCUCGCUGACCCGCAAGCUUUGGUCUCCACAGCUGAGAAACUCCUGCGGGCCGAGUCUGCAGAUUAAGGAGCGCCCGGGUUAGGAGACGCUCAAGCCCGAGCAAUUGGGGUAAGAGACCCCACCUGGCUGAUGCUCUCUCCUCAGAGACUACACCGUCCUCGCCCACUAGACGCGCAGGUGGGAGCAGGAGCGGAGCGGGCCUCGGCAGGCGAGUCCUUAGUACCCCGCGGCUAAGACGGGGCGUGGAGAGGAGCAGCCAGAGACGCGGCGCCGGCGCCAGGCGCACUGGAAGGGCCGCGGCCGCCUGCCUCGGCUGCCUCGCCCUUGACCUCUGGUUUCAGCUGGGAACCUGGGUAGAGGAGUAAUUGAGGAACCCACGGAACUGACUACCAACCAGGGGACAAGACUGUGGUCUCCUCCGCGGCCCUUCCGCCCUCUCCCUCGUCCGCUCCAUGCCAGAGAGCUGCGCUCCAGGGCCAGGGCGAGGAGAGACAUGGAGGAAACGGGCGCUCAGUGCGCCCGGCCGCCGCCCGCGGGCUCCCAGACUGGGCUUUCUCACGCCAACGUCUCCGCUGCUCCCUCCCACAACUGCAGCGCCGAGGGCUACAUUUACCAGGACUCCAUCGCCCUGCCCUGGAAAGUACUGCUGGUCGUGCUGCUGGCGCUCGUCACCUUGGCCACCACGCUCUCCAACGCGUUCGUGAUCGCCACUGUGUACCGCACGCGGAAGCUGCACACCCCGGCCAACUACCUGAUCGCCUCCCUCGCGGUCACCGACCUGCUCGUGUCCAUCCUGGUGAUGCCCAUCAGCACCAUGUACACGGUCACCGGCCGCUGGACGCUGGGCCAGGUGGUCUGCGACUUCUGGCUGUCGUCGGACAUCACCUGUUGCACAGCCUCCAUCCUGCACCUCUGUGUCAUCGCCCUGGACCGCUACUGGGCCAUCACGGACGCCGUGGAGUACUCGGCUAAAAGGACUCCCAAGAGGGCGGCAGUCAUGAUCGCGCUGGUGUGGGUCUUCUCCAUCUCCAUCUCGCUGCCGCCCUUCUUCUGGCGCCAGGCCAAAGCCGACGAAGAGGUGCUGGACUGUGUGGUGAACACCGACCACGUGCUCUACACGGUCUACUCCACGGUGGGCGCUUUCUACUUCCCCACCCUGCUCCUCAUCGCCCUCUACAGCCGCAUCUAUGUGGAAGCCCGCUCCCGGAUUUUGAAACAGACGCCCAACAGGACCGGCAAGCGUCUGACCCGAGCCCAGCUGAUCACCGACUCCCCCGGGUCCACGUCCUCGGUCACCUCCACUAACUCUCGGGCUCCCGACGUGCCCAGCGAGUCGGGGUCUCCUGUGUACGUCAACCAAGUCAAAGUGCGAGUCUCCGACGCCCUCCUGGAGAAGAAGAAACUCAUGGCCGCUAGGGAGCGCAAAGCCACCAAAACCCUGGGCAUCAUUCUGGGAGCCUUCAUUGUGUGCUGGCUGCCCUUCUUCAUCAUCUCCCUGGUGAUGCCGAUUUGCAAGGAUGCCUGCUGGUUCCACUUGGCCAUCUUUGACUUCUUCACGUGGCUGGGCUAUCUCAACUCCCUCAUCAACCCUAUCAUCUAUACCAUGUCCAAUGAGGACUUCAAACACGCGUUCCAUAAACUGAUAGGCUUUAAGUGCACAAGUUGACUUGUCAAUUGCAGUGAGGUGGCCUAAGCGGCCUUUGGGGACCAUGUUGUGUCUGGUUCCACAGGUAGGUCGACUCUUGUUUCACUGUUACUGGGUCGGAAUCAGGCGCUCUCUUCUGGGCAAGGGCAAUGGAUCCUGAGAAGCCAGGAGAGCCCUGAGAGAGUGCUCUGAAAGGAGAACUGUUCACACUAAAGAGAGAGCUUCCUUGCUGAGGAGCAGGCUCCCUUCCUCCCCUCACACCCCAGGUUCAGCACUGACUCUGCCACAAGCAGUCACAAGGGGGGUUGCAACUUUUUAAAAAUGGAUGAUGGCAAGGGGAUCGCUGCCCUGCUUUAGUAUCAUGGAUCAUGCCCUCUAGAACCAGUGGUACUUGUAGUCGUCUGAAGCCUGUCUGAGACAGAUCUACAUACACUCUGGCAGUACUUGAACUAGACGCUUAAUACCUUGAGUUUUGGGGAGAAUUUUGUGUUACAACUUCAUUUAAGAACAGUUACUUUAGCAUCCUUCAGUCUUCAGUUUUUGUUUAUUUGAACUUGGUUGGAGAAACUUAUGGAUUUGGUGCUUCAAACCCUAUGUGUGGCUUGGAUUGUAUGGCACAGAGAAACCUUGAAGAGUUAACAGCAGAAUUCUGAUGUUAAGAUCUCUAUUUUUAUUAGAAUUGAAACUAUAUGGGGUGGGUGGGAAAGGGAGAUGGGGAGUGAUAAACUGAGAACCAACACCUAUGAUUGUUUGUUUUCUGCAGAUUUAUAAUUUUUAAAUUCCUAUUUAGCGAUUGUCAAACCACAUUUCUAACAGCUCAAAACAUUAUGUGUGCUAAGUGCCAAAGUCUGCAGAUUGCUUUAUUUUUCCUAAUUUCAUGUAUCUGUCAUUUUACACAUUUAAAUCCCCAUAAAUGGAGGAUAUGAUGGGUGACUCAGCCCACACUGCUGCUAUAUAUCUUAUUAAUGCAAUCGAGAAAACUGAUGAGUGUUAGAUGUACACUGCUCCUUCACAAGAAGAGUAUCUUUAUUCCUCAGCCAAUUCAGUGAGAUGUAAAGGAGACUGGUGAAAUAAGAAUGGUUCUUAUAUGAUUAAGGAAUGGGGGGCAAUAGGAGGAUGUAUAUUUUGACUUGUAAAAAAUCUUAAAUGCAUGAGACUUUUUUCUGAUAGUCAUUUGCACUCUCCUUCCCAUCUGUAAUUCCUUUGUGUGCUAACAUAUAAAGUAACCAUGAGAACAAGCUCCUUUCUCCAAAAAUCUUCGAAACGCAGUAAGAACCCUAAACACUAUGUUAAUGAAAAAAAAACUUGUUUCUUUUCCCUUGCUGUUGAAGUUUGGAUAGGAACAAAGAUUACUAGAAAAUGAACUGCAAGGACUUGAGAAAAGCUUAGAGAAACUAAAAUUGAGCCUGUUUUCCUUGUAACUCAUGGAACCAAACCUCAGACUUACUAGGCAAUCAGGAAACUGAUACGCUUUUGAAGCUUGGAAAUUGGUCACUGACCUGACACCUCAAUGAAUAUAAUAUCAAUAAUAUUUUAAAUGUAUCUGUCUUUUCAAAUGUCAAUAAUACUUAGUUGUUAUCUCAAAUUCGCUCUGAGGACUCCCCAACACAGGGCAGGAUUACACACAAAAAGAUAAAAAAUGCACUGUCUAAAU